CAAAAUUAGCUGAUAUAAACUGCAUCAUCAGCAGACCAAAGGCAAUCGUAUUUUUUCGUUGUAUUUAAAUGAAAUACCAUGCAAUAAAUUUAGUUUGUACAACGUAGUCAUUAGAAUAAAAGAAUAAAGUUGCUGAGACUUAAAUUUUGCUAAUAGUUAAAACACAUGGAUUGUUAUACUCAGAGUGGAAAAGUUAACAAUAAAAUAUUUACAUAAGCUAUUUUAAUAUUGCAGCAUUCAAAGUGCACUUUCAAUAAAAUAAAUCAAAUUGAAUAACAUAACGAUGGGCAUUCCCGAUAUUCGAAUGCUCAUUUCAGUGGAGUUUGAGGUGUUUGGCCACGUUCAAGGUUGCUACUUCACCAAAUAUACGAGAGACCUUUGUGGCAAAGCUGGGAUCAGAGGGUGGGUUAAAAACUCUAAGCAAGGAACUAUUAUAGGAAAAAUGCAAGGACCGAAAGAAGAAAUCGACAAGAUGAUAAGCUGGCUAUCUAAGGAAGGUUCACCCGGCUGCCAAAUUGACAAGUGUAUAUUGAAAAAUUCUACAACUCUCAAUCGGUUGGACUAUAAGGAUUUUGCAAUUAGAUUUUGAUGUAUUGAAACUCUUGUCAUAAACUUCUUCCCCGCAUGAAAUAUUGGAAUUUAUUUUAAGUUGUUAACCUUUCCCAAAAGAUUUUUGAUAAAAUUAAAUAUUUAAAUAAAUAUUUGUCUUCUCAAUUGAGAAAUCUUGUAUUUUUAUAUUUGGAAAUCAACAUUUUGGGAAAAGCAAUUAAUUGUAUACUAAUCGUAACCACUGUUCCUCUCAUCUUUAACUUUCUGUUUAUCUAACAUCCUUGGAAACGACCGUUCGCCUUCAUACGUUCAAACGAUUUCUGUGCAUCAUAUUUCCUGAAAA